AGCAAAGCAAACACACGUCCCCAAAUAAAUUGCAGCGAAAAGGAAAUCUUUUCAUCACAAACUUCUCCUUAUGCACAUGCCGAUUUUAACUCCGCUAAAUGCAAACUAAAUGUGACAUUUUGCUCUGCUUUUGCAGACAAAAGUCAAAAGCAGUUUUCAGGUUUAGAUCACUUCCUCUUGCUCUGCAGCUCUAGGCGACGUUUCCUGUGCCUACAGUAUUACGAGUUCACCAUAGCACGCUUUUUUUGUGCAGUACCCAGACAGUUUUAGCAGUGCGUUCGCAGACCACACAGCCCCCCUACAUGCACUUGGUUUAAAAAUAGCCAACAAAAAAAACAAGAAAAAAGAAAGAAAAGACAAUGAAACAAUUCAGCUUCACAGAACUGCUGAAGAAGUUUUUAAAUAAUAAGAAUUUGAAAAACAUUUCCUUGUUAUAGGAUGUAAACACAGCACAACUUAAAGACUUCUAUGCCAGGGGAUGUUGAACCAUGGACACACUAUGCUCUCUGAUUUAGCCGACCUCUGGUGGUGAUGAAACGAAAAAAAAAGGGAGGGGAAGAAAAGAUUUUGGUCACAUGGCCAAAAAGUCAUUCUGAAAGUAUGCUGCCUGGGCAUUGCCCACAGAAAUAGAAAACCCUUUUGUACGGUGAGCACUUGUGUCCAUGCGAACAGCAUCAUUUUCGGAGCUUUGACUCAGGCGGUAGCAGCGUCGGGCCGGUGGAUACAAAACAGACGAGCGGGUGACGGAAGCAAAAAUGUCUAAUUACAGCACAGGCUCGCCUACCACUCCGAUGAGCCCCACAUCUCAAUUUUCCAUCUCUUCUGCCAUCACAGAGAGCAGCGUCAACAUCACAGAGAGCAGCGUCAACAUCACAGAGAGCAGCGUCAAGACCACGGAAAACUCUGUUUUAGACGAGACUGCAGCCAAUGACUUAAUCAGCAAUGCAAAUUACAUCUACAGUUUGCUUGCUACCUUCGGUCUCUUAGCAGGCUGCUUCCUGCUUUACAGUUUCAUUCAGACUUAUCGCGCCCACAAGAGGCUGGCUUGGCUCGGCUGCCUUCUCUGGGUGUUUUGUGGCUUCCAGCUGCUGCUCCUUCUCCUCUCUUUGCACACGGUGGCCCACAGACCUCGCUACCUAAACACCACAGCUUUAGGCUGUGCCGCACUCUCCUUUACCAUCAACAUAGCCUCUCUGUGUGGCCUGCUGGUCUUAGUGCUCAUGGCAUCCGUCCUCACCUUUGAUCCUCCAUCCAAUCACCUGCUGAGAAAGUCUCGCAUCUGUGCGGCACUAGUGGGCAUCACUUCUUUACUCAUUUCUCUGGUGCUGGCUGGCAUUCGUGGACCCAGAGGAGAUCUGCAGAAAGGGGGCAACUGUUUGAUGGAUCCCACCACAGAUGGUGUUUCAUACGCAGUUGCUAGACUUUGUUUGGUCUUCCUGAUUCCCUACAUCCUCCAACUGGGACUUCUGAUAGGUGGCUGCAUCCGCCAGAAGGAGUCGAAUGGACGUUUCCUCUCCGGCUCUGAGGAAGGCCCUGUGUUCCUGGCGGUCACCGGUUUUACGCUCAUCUGCCAGCUCUUCUACAGCGUGGCGCUGCUUAGAGGGGCUCUGAUUAAUAGUGAGAGACAGCUGACGUUCCACCAGAAAGCAUUUUUGAGUGUGUCUGAGUUUGUGCUGUUCUCAGGGAGCAGCGUGAGCCUGCUGCUCGUCCUGUUCAUGCACAGGCCGUGUCGGGAAAGCCUCUAUGGAGUGAUCAGGCGGCUGCGGGACUGCUGCCGACGUCCAGGGCCACAGCCCAACAGGAACAUCAUAGCUCCGCACAUUGAGAUCACAGACACUCUGGAGGACAUCGAGUCUUAAGAAAUGCGUCUGUUCGCUAGGACAUAGCUCUUCCCAUGCAUCAGAUUUAAUGUCUUACCUGUUAUGGACCACCUCACUAUCUAUCCAGUCACUGAAAGCUUGCAGAACUCUCAUCAAAUGUAUUUUUUUUUAACAUUUCAUUUACAAAAUGUACAAAAAGAAGACAGAAAAAUGCUUCAUAUCUUGUUACUGUGCAUCAUCUUGCCAUGCUAUGUCAAUUCGAAGGAUUUAUUUCUUUAAUCAGGGAAUUAAAGUUAUUAGUACAUGA